AUGUGGAUGCAAGGCGAUCGCAUCAAGUACCAUGCACUGACACCAAGUACAAAGGUACUGCAUCCGCACCGCAAUGCUGCAUGGGACACCUGCCCAAAUUCCAUGCAGCCUCUGUGCCCUCACCUCGAGACGAUGCGGAUGGCCAAGCUCCAAGGGACGGUGCCUGCUCCGAUGCCAACGGUCAGCACCCACUCGUACCAAGUCAGCGUGUUGACUCUGAAGAAGUCCCCGAAGGGUGUGGUCAUGAUGAUGAUCUGGAGAACAACAGUGACGACAAGCACCCCAACGAAGAUCUUGCUGGUGAAGAUGCCGCUCACAAAGUUGUACUCGUCAGCGAUCUUGCGAGAGUUCACUUCGUUGAAGACCUGA